AUGGUCUACGUUCGCCAGGAGUUCCUGCCGAACCUCAAGGAGUACAAGUAUGCGUCGGUCGACCACUCGUUGACGUCCAAGUACAUCCUCAAGCCCUUUUACACCAACGUCGUCAUCAAGCUCUUCCCCAUGAGCAUGGCACCCAACCUCAUCACGCUGUCCGGCUUCAGCUUCAUCAUCGCCAACAUCUUGACGCUGCUGUGGUACAACCCCACGCUCGACCAGGACUGCCCUUCGUGGGUGUACUAUUCAUGGGCUGCGGGCCUGUUCCUGUACCAGACGUUUGACGCCGUCGACGGGUCGCAGGCGCGCCGCACCAGGCAGAGCGGCCCUCUCGGCGAGCUCUUCGACCACGGCGUCGAUGCUCUCAACACGUCGCUCGGCGCCCUCAUCUUUGCUGGGUCGCAGAACCUCGGCCAGGGCUGGCGGACUGUCGCGGUCCUCGCCGCCGCGCUCCUCACCUUCUACGUACAGACGUGGGACGAGUACCACACGAAGCAGCUCACCCUCGGCGUCGUCAACGGACCCGUCGAGGGCGUGCUCAUGAUGGUCUUCAUCUACACCGUCACGGGCUACAAGGGCGGCGCGUCGUUCUGGUCGCAGUCGAUGCUGCCGACGCUGGGCGUGCCGGCGCUGCCUUUUGUGCCCAAGUUCAUCUACAACGCGUCCUUCACCGAGUGGUACCUCAUCCAGGGCGGCGUCGUGCUCGUGCUCAACACGCUCGAGUCGACGCGCAACGUCAUCCAGGCGCGGCGCGCGCGCGGCGACCGCUCGCGCGGCGCCCUCCUCGGGCUGGGGCCCUUCUUCGCGGCGUGGGCCUUCCUCGGCUCGUACCUCUACCUGCACCCGAUGAUCCUGCACAACCACCUCGUGCCGUUCACCGUCUUCGCCGGCAUCGUCAACGCCUACUCGGUCGGCCAGAUGAUCACGGCGCACCUCGUCAAGCUGCCGUUCCCCUACUGGAACGUGCUCGUCAUCCCCGUGGCCUUUGGCGUCAUCGACUCGCUGGGCCCGCAGCUGCUGGCCCUCGGCCUGCCCUUUGGCUGGCCCUCGGCCCUCGGCGACGGCGUCUACCAGGUCUCGUACAUGUUCCUCAUGCUCGGCAUGGCCGUCGGCGUCUACGGCAGCUUUGUCGUCGACGUCAUCGUCACCAUUUGCGACUACCUCGACAUUUGGUGCCUCACCAUCAAGCACCCGUACGUGGAGGGCGUGGACGAGAAGACGGAGAAGCAGAACUAG